AUGCUUCUCUCGGAGAGCGGAAGCCUCGAUGAAACUGCCGCAUUGUUUGCGAUGGAGCAGCUUUCUGCAAACAUGGCCGAAAUUUCGGAUUAUAUUUUGGACAUGGCUUCGGACGAGAACAAGCGCUUUAGGCUGUCGCCUUUCGUGCCGUAUGCCUUAUACCAGACCGCAGUCAUAGAAUUGCGACUGUUGAAGCAGAAGGGUGAACCACAACAUAGCGCAAGGGCAGACAGAAUGGUACAACUACUCCAACAUUUUGCCAAGCGUUGGUCUAUAGCCGAGGGCUGA